AUGUUUGUUUGCAAAAUAGAUCCAUUUCGAGAGACUAACGCUUUUUGUUCACAUUCCAUUCUUAAAUUCGGCUACAACUUUUUUACGCCUCACUGUUUUUCUAAGAGUAUAAACAUUGAUAUCUAUCUAUCUAUCUAUCUAUCUAUGUAUACUUAUGGCGCCGUUCUGAUGUGCCUAUUAACUGAAUCUCUCUCUCCGUUUCAGCUAUGUCACCAUUCAAAUAUGUGUAUUAUAUACCUGAGUCUGUUGAUAUCAGUCGUCCUAUCUGUACCCACUCCCUUGUUUUUAUACCCACCUACCUACCUACCUACCUAUCUAUCUAUCUAUCUAUCUAUCUAUCUAUCUAUCUAUCUAUCUAUCUAUCUAUCUAUCUAUCUAUCUAUCUCUCUCUCUACAUAUUUUUUUUUUCUAUAUCUGAUUCUAUUUUUGUUCCUUCUUCAAGCCUUUUUCUCCAAUAUUCUUCAUUCCUUUAUCUUCUUUCUUUUGUCCUUCUUUCUCCUCUUAUUUCCCUCAAAAUUCCUCCAUUCUCUACUGUCAAUCUACCUACAUUAUUUUUAUCUAUUCCUCAAUUCCUUUUGCUCUCACUCAAUCCAUUCCUUGUUCUUCUUCCUACUUUACAUACACACACAGGCACAAUCUCACACACACAUACAUACACACAUAGAGAGUCUCUCUCUCUCUCUCUCUCUCUCUCUCUCUUCCCCUUUGCAUUGA